UCGAACGCGCAGGUCUGCACGCACUCUUGACACAACAUGAUUUACAUUUCAAUGUGUUAUAUUUUGGAGCGAGUAUUUACACUCGUCAGAUAGAUCUUUUUUUUCUCUCGUUAUUUUCACCACAAACUCCAUUUCCGGACUACAUCAGAAGACAAAAUCAACAUGUUCAAGAUCUUGGAAACAUUUGACACGAAAUUCUCAGCGGAUUCGGUUGAAUGGUGUCCUAUCGAAGGAUUCCAAGAUCAUUUUGUCUGUGGAACGUAUGAAUUACAAAAACCUGAAGAGCAAUCUGAAUCCUCAGAUGAUCGCGCUCAAAAACGCCAGGGUAUCAUUUAUUUGUUUCGUGUCGUUUCCCCCGGGAAUUUGCAUUUACUGCAGCAGGUGAAUGUGCCAGGGGUCCUAGACAUGAAAUGGGCUCACGUCGUAUACGAGGGACACAUUCUAUUGGGGGUAGUCAAUUCCGUCGGUUAUCUGCAACUGUGGGAAUUGGAGAGAGAGAGUGGUAAAAUGAGUUUAUUCGUAGAAACAAAGCUACGUUCUGUAGACGAUGAGUACUUGGCGUUGUCGCUGGACUGGAGUACAGGGCGAAGUGCGUGGAGUCACUCAACAGAGGUCAAGAUUACCGUCAGUGAUUCAAAGGGAUUCAUCACUGUUUAUAAUGUUUCCCAGGGCAAACUCAAUGUUCUUGCAUCUCAGCUGGCGCAUGAAUUCGAGGCUUGGAUUACGGCCUUUAAUUAUUGGGACACAAACGUUAUUUAUUCAGGUGGUGACGAUUGCAAGUUCAAGUGGUUCGACACACGAACCGGAUUACAAUCAGUCGGUUCCAAUAAAAUUCACACAGCCGGAGUAACUAGUUUACAUUCGAACGCAGAAAGCGAGUUCAUCUUAGCAUCCGGAAGCUACGAUGAAAUCCUCCGACUCUGGGAUACGAGGCAGAUGCGGCGCUCGAUUUCGGAAACGAAUUUGAACGGGGGGAUUUGGCGAUUGAAGUGGGACCCAUUCCAUCACAAGUACCUGUUCGCCGCUUGCAUGUACAGUAAUUUCAAAAUCAUCGAUUGUCAACGCCAGGAAAAUCCAGAGAUUGUCGCGGAAUUAAAUGAGCACGAGAGUAUCGCCUAUGGCUGCGACUGGUCUUCACUUUCUGAAGACGAAGCUGUGAAUAAGCUUGUUCUGGAGAAUUGUGAAUCGAGAACGGUGAUCGCGGCUACUUGUUCAUUCUACGAUCAUACGCUCAAAUUGUCUGCGGUUACAUUAGGGAAUUGAUUUGUAAUAAUGAAGGAUUUAUUACGCAUAUUCAGCCUUUUUAUAAGACACAAUACCUCGGUCCCCAAAACACUGAGAGAAAACAUUUCUUCCUAUCAAAUAAUUCUGAAUUUUAUAGAAAAAUCCGCGCAAUG